GAAGCGGCAUUUUCGUAAUUUUUAGGUUAUUUUUCUUGCUUAGGUCCUGAUAUUAAUAAUUUAUUUCAUAUACUGACAAUAUGUUGCCGGACACAACACUGGAUAUAUUAGAGACGACAAGGAAAGUGUUUAGCGAACCCGAUUUUACAACAGAUUUAUCAGAACAUGGUCAAAUCGUACAAAUUCAGUUUUCACCAUUUGAAUGGUCACAAGAUUUAAUACUAAUAGGAUUUGAAAGGAAAAUAUUACUGGCUCGUUUGGAUUUAUCUGAUAACAUUGAUGUCAAGAUUCUCACAGAAUUUGUUCAUCCGUGUAGAUGUACGACCCUUAGUUUUUCUCCAGAAACUUCAUUAACUGGACUCCCCAGUCAACUUAUAUUUGCCGCAGGUGGAACUGACUUCAAAUUACGCAUCUAUAGUAGUGAUCUUCUUGAAAAUAAUACUUGUAAGGUAUUGAGUAGCCAUACAAGUUAUAUAAAUGAUUCUGUGUUUGAUGCUGAAAAUAACUACCUGGCUUCCACGAGCGAUGAUAAUACGGUUAAAGUAUGGGUUACAGAUGCUCUCAAAUUGAAAUCAACAUUUAAUUUAUCUUCUCCAGGUAUCAGUGUUUGUUGGCAUAGAUCUGAUAGCUUCAAGUUAUUGGUAGCUGAAAAAAUUGGGAUUAUAAGAUUUUAUAAUGUGGAUACCGAAGUUCCUAUUUUAUCUUUGGAUCAUUGCAAACCCUUGUCCAGUUGUCACUGGGCACCUUCAGACAGAGAUCUCGUUGCUUCCCUUCAACUUGGUGAACUUCUUAUUUGGGAACUCACAAAGCCUUGUUUACCCUUGCAUAACAAUAUUCUCUUUCCUGAAAAUGGCGGAAAUCUAAAAUUUUCACCUCAAGGUGAACUGAUUGCAGCAGUGAAUAGUUUAGACGGUUCACUGAAAAUAGUUCACAUAAAAAGCCAGGCUGUGAAACUGACUUCUGGCAUUACUUUACCAACAAAUGUUUGUUGGCACUACCGAUAUCCUCUAGUUUGUAUUGGAGAUGACACUAAACUGUGUUUUUGGAAAGUUUCUGCCAAAUAAGAAUAAUAAGAUAAUGAUACUAUGGAGAUUGAAUUUUAUAAUAAAAGUUUCGUUUGU